AAGUUGCUGCUGAACCAGAAACAGAAAAAGGGUAACAGCAGAAUAUAUCUUCUUUCACUCAUGGAUCGACUCUUUUUUUUUCAGGAUAAAUGGCGGCACGACAAGCGCCUCCCGCCAAACUUCUCUUCGAUCAGAUCUGCCUCAAGAUGGAGGACCCUUUAUUUUUCUUUUCCUAGGUGCUGAAUUUUGGAUUUUGGGUUCUGGUUUAUUGAGUGGAAGGAAGAAGGAAGUCUGAGGACUCUGUUUGGCUUUACUAUUUGACCAAGCAUAAUCCUGGAGCCGGAUCGUAACAUUUAUUCAUUAAAAAACAAAAACAGUGAUAAUGUCGAUGUGAAAUCCAGUUGGGCUGCUAUUCCUCGGCACCAAAAAAAACCCAGCAACAAAAUGGCAUACUUGAUCUUGAUGUACAACAAACUGAAUGAAUGGAGAUUCCCCUCCAAAAGGAAAAAGAAAAAAGAAAUCAUGAACGGAGAUUCCAUACUUUGUUUGUUGUUCCAUGCAUAGCCAGCUUCUCCUUAUAUAUGUAGGAGCGUCGCGCAGACCUUAAUCAGCAAGACCUCAAACAAGAACAAAAACCAAACAGCACAAACAUGUUCAGGCAAGCCCAUAACAAUCUCGUCGUGGUGAAACGUGGGGAGCCGGUAAAGGUUUCGCUGCCCGAAGAGGAAACUAAGGAGAAGGGUGUCUUCUCUCUGUCGAACCUCGACCACCUCGUAUGCUGGGUGCGUACGAUUUAUGGGUUCAGGUCCGACGAGAGAGGAAACCAGAUGGCAGGGGAAGUGUUCGAAACCGCCCUGAGGAAGCUUCUCGUUCACUACUACCCAUUAGCGGGACGACUGACGGUCGUCUCAGAAGGGAAGUUGGCCGUGAGUUUCUACGAACAAGGUGUUGUUUUCGUGGAAGCGGAGGCGGACAUUGCCAUGCAAGAUGUUGAAGACAUGGUGAGGACUGACCCGAGCAAGCUCGUCGAAUUGGUCUACGAUGAUGGCAUUCACUGCAAUGCCAAGCCUUUACCUCAGUGCCCUCUUUUGGUCGUCCAGGUGACGAAGCUCAAAUGCGGAGGAUUCGUACUGGGAAUCUGCAUCAGUCACUGCCUGGUCGAUGGUCUUACAGCGACGGAGGUGGUGAACUCGUGGGCAGAGAUCGCGAGAGGGCUGUCGAUUCCUACGCUUCCUUGUUUGGACAAAAGGACUUUGCUACCACGUAACCCGCCAAAGAUCGAGUUCGCUCAUCCGGAGUUUAUCGAGAUGGAAAACAGGUCACCCAGCAGUGACCAGUUCUCCAAGGAGAACAUGGUGCACAAGGUUUUUCGUUUCAACCGCGAAACGAUAAAGAGAGUGAAAUCAAGAGCCAUGGAAGAAGACGGAGGAGGAGGAGGAGGAGCUCUCUCCGAGUGCUCCACUUUCGAGUGCCUUACAGCUCUCGUCUGGAAGGCGCGAAGCAAGGCACUGAACAUGGUCGGAAAUCAGGAAACCAAGCUCAUAGUGCCCGUGAAUGUGAGGAACAAGAUGGAUCCGCCAUUGCCUAAAGGGUAUUUUGGGAACGGAAUUGCUUCGGCUUGUGCAACCAGUAAGGUCAGGGACCUGCACAACAAGCCAUUUUCAACUACGGUGGAGCUUGUUCGCGAUUCAAUCAAGGUGAUUACAGAUGCUCGUGUGCGGUCGUGGAUUGAUUUCUAUGAGCUGCAUAGAACUAUACAUCCUCUGGCUCAUACAAUGAUCGCAACGACUUGGUCUAGAAUUCCCUUCUGCACCACUGAUUUUGGGUGGGGAGAUGCUAUCCUUAUGGCGCCGGUGGCAUUGCCAUGUGAUGAGAUGGUGAUAUUCAUGUCGGAUUACGAAAAGGAUCGAAAUGGAGAUGUAAGGAUUUUUAUGGGUCUGCCCGAAUCAGCUAUGAAAAACUUUCAGAAUCUUAUGAUGAUUUAGGUGUCAAUUCGAUCCGGCUAAGGUGUUUACCGGUCCAUUUAUAAGAACUUGCUUACAAAUCCCAUAAUCAUUCGACCGUGUGUUGGGUGUCCUAUGAUUGUUGGUUGAACUCGAUGGCAAUUUACAAAAUUACUAUGUGUUCAUCCAACAAUCGUGGAGCACCCACCACAAAAUCGGAUGACUAUGAGCAUUGUACAGACGUCUUUACAAAUGAUGUUGUAAACAUCAAAGUCAAACAAUGAUACACUUCUUUUUCUUUGUAUUUGGAUUGUUGUUUGUUCUUAAGCUUUGUUUUUUUCUCUAGAGAUUUCAUUUCUUAAGCUGGGCCAUUCCAUCUCUUUGUCCUUUUUAGUUGUGUUUUUCCAUAAUGUUUUUCCAUUGUGUUUUGUGACAUGUGUGCUAAAUUAUUGAGUAAUACUAUAAUUUUCACUUACAAGAGGUUAUUCUAUUUUUGUUUGUUAGUAGAUGGCAAAUUGUUAUUGUAAAGCGAAUAGUAAACUAUCAUUUAAAACUCUGAUAGCAAUUUAAGGGAUGGUGAUGGCAACCGUGCAUUCUUCGAAACUGGCAGCAUACCGGAAGAGUUAAUGGAGUCAUCAGUUGUGCUCAUCCCUAAGAUUGAUCAUCCUGAAACUCCGACACACUUCAGACCUAUAAGCCUUAACAAUGUAGCUCUUAAGGCUAUCACCAAGGCUAUGGCUAAUAGACUCAAGCCUUUGAUGCCGAAGUUAGUAGCUCCUACUCAAAGUGGGUUUAUCAAAGGAAGGCAGACUAACGAUAACAUCCUCUUGCUGCAAGAAACUUUACACUCUCUCAGAAAUAGAAAAGGAAAGCGAGGAGGCAUUGUUAUCAAAAUUGACCUUGAAAAAGCGUAUGAUCGUCUCCAUUGGAGCUUCCUGCGGGACACUCUGGGCGAGAUCGGAUUGCCUAGCACAUGGAUUAACAGAAUUAUGACAUGUGUAGAAAAGAAUCAAAUGAGAAUCAACUGGAAUGGAGAGCUCACCUCUGUGAUCAAACCCUCAAGAGGAGUUCGUCAGGGAGACCCUCUUUCCUCUUUCUUAUUUGUGCUUUGUAUGGAGAGAUUAGCUCAUCGUAUUGAACAAGUUGUCGAGGAGAAGCUUUGGAAACCUAUCCCUCUUUCAAAAGAUGGGCCAAAGCUCUCACACUUAUUUUUUGCUGAUGACUUGAUUUUAUUUGCAGAACGGAAAGUGGACAGAUCGAUGUUAUUCGAUCGUGCUUGGAGGACUUCUGCUUAAGCUCUGGCCAAAAAGUCAACCUCCACAAAUUGGCUAUGUUUGUUUCUCCCAACGUGCAUAGAGACAAGGCCCAGAGACUGAGCGCAAGGGCUGGAAUAAGCCUCACCAAUGAUCUUGGCCGAUACUUGGGAAUUUCAGCAAUAAAUGGCAAGGUCACCA